AUGGACGAAGGGAGCCCAGAGAUCGUGCCUGUCAACUCCCCGGCUUCCGACCUGGACCGAGAGCCUGAAUCUUCAGAAAGCGGGGAUGCCGGCGGCGAUGGCCCUCCCGAGCCUCUCAGCGAGAAGCUGCCCGUCCCGCCCGCCGAGCUCGGUCUGUACCGCGCCGCCGUCGCGCUGCGCGUCCUCCUCCUCGCCGCCUUCUUCCGGUACCGCGUCACCCACCCGGUUCCCGACGCCCCCUGGCUGUGGCUUGCCGCGCUCGCCUGCGAGCUCAGCCUCGCCCUCGCGUGGCUCCUCGGCCAGCUCCCCAAGCUCUCCCCGACCCACCGCGCCACGCACCCCGACAGGCUCGCGUCGCGGUACGGGAGCGACGGCGUCGGCGAGGAGCGGCUGCCGGGCGUGGACGUGCUCGUGACCACGGCGGCGGCGGGCGCGGGGAGGGAGAGGGAGCCGCCGCUGGCGACGGCGAACACGGUGCUGUCGGUGCUCGCGGUGGACUACCCCGCGGGGAGGCUGGCGUGCUACGUCUCCGACGACGGCGCCGACAUGCUGGCGUUCGAGGCGCUGUUCGCGGCCGCGGCUUUCGCGCGGCGGUGGGUGCCGUUCUGCCGGCGGCACGCCGUGGAGCCCAGGGCGCCCGAGCUCUACUUCGCCCGCGGCGUCGACUACCUCAGGGACCGAGCCGCGCCGUCCUUCGUCAAGGAACGCCGCGCCAUGAAGAGGGAGUACGAGGAGUUCAAGGUGAGGAUCAACUACCUCGCUGCGAAGGCGCGGAAGGUGCCGGAGGACGGCUGGGUCAUGUCGGACGGCACGCCGUGGCCGGGGAACAACCCGAGAGACCAUCCCGCCAUGACACAGGUUCUUCUGGGGCAUCCCGGCGACCAGGACGCCGAGGGGAACGAGCUGCCCCGGCUGUUCUACGUGUCGCGAGAGAAGAAGCCGGGGUUCCCGCAUCACGGGAAAGCCGGCGCCCUGAACGCCCUGCUCCGGGUGUCUGCUCUGCUGACCAACGGCGCGUACGUGCUCAACCUGGACUACGACCACUGCAUCACCAACAGCAGCGCCCUGGGGGAGGCGAUGUGCUUCCUCGUGGACCCGGAGGCCGGGAACAGGACGUGCUUCGUCCAGUUCCCGCUGCGGAUCGGCGUCGACGACGACGGUGGCGACCGGGACGCGACCCACGAUUCUGUUUUCUUCGACAUCGACAUGAAGUGCUUGGACGGCAUCCAGGGCCCGGUGUACGUCGGCUCCGGCUGCUGCUUCAACCGGAAAGCGUUGUACGGCUUCGAUCCUGCGCUGGCCGAGGACGACGACGCCCAUAGAAACUGGUGCUGCUUCGGGAACGGGAAGGAGCGCGCGUUGAGGAGGACCAUGUCCUCGGUGCCCUUGCUUGACUCGGAGGACUCCGACGAGCAGGACGGAGAAGACAACGCGAGAACAAGGCGGAGGCUGCGCUCCUACCACGCCGCGCUGGAGCGACACUUCGGCCAUUCGCCGGCGUUCAUCGCGUCAGCGUUCGCGGCCCAACGGCGCGGCGGCGGCUCGGACUCCACGGUCGCAGCUGCUUGCUCUCUACUACGUGAGGCCAUCCACGUCGUCAGCUGCGCGUACGAGGAGCGGACGAGGUGGGGCAAAGACGUUGGCUGGAUGUACGGCUCCGGAGGCGGCGGCGGCAUGGCCACGGCCACGGGGUUCAGGAUGCACGCGCGCGGGUGGGCGUCGGCGUACUGCGCGCCGGCGCGGGCCGCGUUCCAGAGCUUCGCUCCGGCCAGCCCCUCGCACGUCCUCGCCGCGGCGUCGCGGCGGGCGGUGGCGGCCAUGGGUGUCCUGCUGAGCCGCCACUGCCCCGUCUGGGCUGGCGCCGGCGGGCGCAUGCGGCUCUUGCAGCGUCUGGGCUACGUGACCUGCGUCGCUUACCCUCUUGUCUCGCUACCGCUCACCUUAUACUGCGCGCUCCCGGCGGUCUGCCUCCUCACCGGCAGGUCCAUCUUCCCGGACGACGUGAGCUACUACGACGCGGUCCUGCUCAUCCUGCUCCUGUCCUCGGCGGCGGCCACCGUCGCGUUGGAGCUCCGGUGGAGCCGCGUGGCGCCGCGCGCGUGGUGGCGGGACCAGAAGCUCUGGGUGGUCACCGGCACGUCGGCGUGCCUCGCCGCCGUGUUCCAGGGCGUCCUGCGCGCGUGCGCCGGGAUCGACGUCGGUUUCUCAUACACGGAGGAGACGGCGACCCGUUCGUCCUCGGAUGACGAUGGCAACGGCGGCGGCGAGGAGUCCUCGGGCGCGCGGAGGUCCAUGCGGUGGUCGAACCUGCUGAUCCCGCCCGCGAGCCUGCUGCUGGGCAACCUCGCCGGCGUGGUGGUGGCGGUGUCGUACGGGGUGGACCACGGGUACCGGUCGUGGGGCCCGGUCCUCGUGAAGCUGGCGCUCGCCGGGUGGGUGGUGGCGCACCUGCAGGGGUUCCUCAGGGGCCUCCUGGUGCGGCGGGACCGGGCGCCCACCAUCGCCGUGCUCUGGUCGGUGCUCUUCGUCUCCGUGCUCUCGCUGCUAUGGGUCAACGUCGACUCGUACUCGGCGCCUCCCGCGCGGUCCACCACGUCGCCGCAGCCGGUGUUGUGA